CUUGUUGCAUGCUAAGUGUUGGUUGCUUUGUGUUACUAAUCUUUUGCAUUUGGCAUGGGAGUACUAGGUAAGAUCAUGCAUUAGACAUGGAUUUUACUGAGCAUACAACUAGACAAGGGAAGAGACUUGGUGAAGAUAUCACAUCUCAUUAUACUGCUAACAGAGCUAAGGAGUCAAUCUUUUCAGUCAAUACCUCCAAACUCGACUUGAAGUUGUUGAAAGAGGCUUACGGUUUGUUGUCUUCAAGGGAGAAGCAUGACUUUGAGGUCCGAUUUGGGUGCAUUGGAGAUCUAUUGUCAGUGAUGCCAGGUUGGAACUUGUUCAAAGCCAUGUUGAAAUUUUUUGUGCCAGAAUAUCAAGCUUUUGUGUUCCCACAAUUUGAGUUGGUGCUCACCAUUGAUGAGUAUCAUCACUUCCUACGGUGUAGUCCUGCGGCGGAUUCUCCUAACUUCACUCCUCAAGCACAACAUAUGAAGUUCACACUAGAAAAAGUUCAAGAAAUGUUGCAAGGUAUGUGGGGCUUUUCAUCCGAAUUCUUGCGACCAUUGGUGACAACUAGAGAUAGUUCUUAUGGGUUUGAUUGGAAUGCAGCAUUGAUGGCUUUGGGAAAGAGAUUGGAAGCCAUGACACCUUCUCAAAGGAUCAUCUUUGUGGCAUUGGGAAUUUAUGGCACGGUGAUCUUCCCUAUCUAUGUCAAGACCAUUGCACCUAUGGUGAUAGCUUUGUUUGAGCAAUUGUUGCACACUUUGGCAUUUAAUCCUGCUUCUACGGUGGUAGCCGAAACUUUGUGGUCUAUGAAAGAAAUCUGGGCUAAAAGAUCAGGCCGCUUCUUGGGUUGCAUCGAGUUGUUCACUAUAUGGGCACAUGGCCACUUAAAGGGUCCUCAAUUCAAAGCUUUAUUCAGUGUUCCUAGUGCUACUUAUUAUCUUGCUCCACCUGAAGGACAUCACUCUAUUCCUUUGUUGGGUAUUCAUGGAGGGGUUACAUAUUCUGUGGAGUUGGCAUCUCGUCAGUUUGGAAAGGCACAAAACGCUCCCUAUCUUGAUGAUGCAUUGCAGUCACACUUUGAUUACAUGUCUUCCCCGGUGAUUGUUAACAAGGUAUCCAAGGCACAUAAGAUGUGGGAGAGAUGUAGGAUGCUACCCAUAUGGAAAGAGAGGGGGACUAGAUCACAAUAUGAGCAAUGGAGGUCGAGUUGGAUAGCUAAGCUCUCUUUGCCAUGGAAGGUGACAAAUACGAAAAACUCUACCAUCAUGGACUUAACUGCUAAGUUGGAACUUAGCCAUGCUCAAAGAUAUCAACAAGUGGUGGAGUUGAAGGACAAGAUUGCCUCAUUGGAAAAGGAUUUGACUGCUAGUAAAGAAAUUUGUGGGAAGCAAAAGAGGAGCUUGAACUUUGCUGAAGAACAAAGGAAAAGGCUGCUACGAGUAAAGGCGGAUCUUAAAGCAAGAGAAAAGGAGAACAAUGAGCUCAUUGAGAAGGUGACUAGGCAGCAAGAGUUGAAAGGAAAAGUGAUUAAGUGGAGGAAUGCUUACAACAACCUAUUGUCUGAUUAUGAUGCUCUACAAAAGGAAUUGCAAGCAGCAAAGCAAUCAAGGCAAGGAAAGAAGGAGAACACAACUUGAAGAACUUGGGGAAAAUGGGUUACUUAGGAGCUUUUGUACAAAUGUCAGAAAUUCAAAUCUAUCAAUGAAAACUUGCUUGAAUGAAUACAAUCCUUCUUC